AUGGUUGGUACUAUGGAAGCUGCUGCAGUGUCUGCAGCAGUAUCUGCAACAUUGAAGCUUGUGUGCAACAAGUUAGCUCCACUUGUUAUCAAAGAAUACAGCUCUAUAGUGGGUGUUGAAAAGGACCUCCGGGAACUCCAAGAUCUAGCUCUGGAGAUCAAUCAACGGCUGGAAGCAGCAGGAGACAGAGCUAUGGGGGAUGCUCCAUCGCUCAAAAAGUUGAAAGAAGCCGUUUAUGAGGUUGAUGAUGUUGUGGAUGAGUUCCAACUGAAGGCUGAAAAAUAUGAAGCUGAUGGUGAUGGUGGAUUUGUGUCCAAAUACCUGUACACAAAACCAAAUUCACUUAUAUUUCAAUGCCAGGCUGCCAAAAAGAUCGAGAAAAUUAAGAAGAUGUUUGAUGUCCUUGUGAAGCAAAGAAGUAUUUUGAAUUCAGUGGUUGUCAAUGAUCCUGUUAGCCAUAUAAAAGAGACACCUACGAAUAUGCAAACAUUGCCCUUCGUGGAUGAGGCAGCAGUAAUCGGAAGAGACCAAGAGAUGAAUGAUAUUCUAUCUGAGCUGUUACAGGAUGUUGACCAACAGAGAAUCAAGAUAGUUUCAAUAGUUGGACUUGGUGACUCUGGGAAAACUAAACUGGCCCAGCUGAUUUUCAGUAAAGUCAAAAAUGAAAAUUGUAAUCAUUUUCCAGUUAAACUAUGGGUUCAUGUGUCACAAGAGGAAUUUCAACUUGAAAAAAUUCUCAAGAAGCCAUUUGAUGCUAUUUCAAACGAGAGGUCCGAUGGCCUUUCCUUGACGUAUAUGGCCAAUAAAAUCUCAGACGGAUUGACCAACAAAAGGUUCCUACUUGUAUUGGAUGAUGUUUGGACUCAAGGCCGUAUUAAGUGGGCAGAGUUCAUGGUACAUCUAAAGCAUGGCUCACCAGGAAGCAGGAUUCUACUCACUACUCGUAGUAGAAAUGUUGCUGAAGCAGUGGAAUCUACAACACUAAUCGACUUGCCAUCAUUGUCUGAGGAUUAUAGCUGGCAAGUAUUUCAGCAAAGCUAUGGAAAUGCUGUGGAACAUGACUUUGAAGAAGUUGGGAAAGAGAUUGUGAACAAGUGUGGUGGGGUGCCAUUAGCAAUUAAAGUUCUUGCAGGGGUCCUCCGAGUCAAGAAACGAUUAGAACAAUAG